GAGAGAGAGAGAGAGAGAGAGAGAGAGAGAGAGAGAGAGACUAGAACAGAACUCAACUCAACGGCAGGACAGAGAGAGACCCAGUGAAGAAGUGAAGCUACAACUGAAGACUUCAGAAGGAGACUAUCACCAUGGCGAUAUUGACCAUCAUUCUGCUUGUCAGCACAGCUUUUGCUCUGGGAGAUGCUAUGAUACGACCCUGUGAGGAUGCUAGAGAUGCCGCUAAACAUGGCCCACCUGGAGCCUACGUCCCCACGUGUGACGACAAUGGACAAUACACCCCUGAGCAAUGUUCGGGCUCUACAGGUUACUGUUGGUGUGUGACCAGCUACGGACAGAAGAUCCAGGGUACAGAGACUCCACCAGGCACUGCUAUCAACUGCUAGCAACUGUUCCACCAAGGAGUUCAGCAGAGUCCACAAUCAGAACCAUGCUACUCUGAGGCUGAAGAAUUGUUCCAGGCCACUGAGGGAUGAAAGACCCCUUUACUGAAUCUACAUCUUCACAUUUCACUAAAUCAUUCCAUUGUUUGCUUCAUGCAUUCUAUCCUGUAAAAUGAAGUAUAUGUUCUUGGUCUUUACAUGAGUGAAUGUUGUAUUUGCAAUUGUAGGAUGACUUGAUGAAUGAUGAUUCUUA